GUAUUCUCUACGGAAAUCGCGUCGCGGUAGCAUCCACGCGAGUUUCUCCAGCAUUCAGUAAUAUAUUCGCGUAAUCGCGCAUAAUGAUGUUAUAUGCGAGAUGUGAAAGAGGAGAGACUCAACGAACAGAGGACGAGAAACUAGAUCGUUCUGCUCGGGAGUUUUUCUUUUUAAAGAAAACGUAAACCGAGUAAAUCCUCGUACCUGGUGUCUGUCGGAGAAGAUGGCGGCCACGGAGUCAAAAUCGGAGAGCGUUUUGAGCAAGGAAAUGGUGACGAACGAAUUGCCCGCGGACACUCGAAUCAAAAUCGAAAGCUAUGAUUUCAAGGCACUCGACGUUUUCUUUUACAUCCUAUCCGUCGGUACUUUCCUGGCUGAUAUCGUAACAGAUGGAUUAGCAUUUGCUGAGUAUUUGUCCGAUGGCCAUUUGUUCUGGGCUUAUUUUACUCUGGGCCUUAUGCUGGUACCGACUGCCAUUAUUCAAUUGUUUAGUCUAAGAUGGCAUCAUACGGAUGGUUCUCUCACUGCAAUUCAUUGGAUGCUGCAUUUAUUACUAUUGGGCAUAGUGCACAGAUAUGUAGUUUUAUUGUGUGCUGCAAUAGAGUCUUUAAGGUGUGGACAGUCGACAAAACCAAAAGAUUGGGUACGCAGGCAACAAAGUGAUAUUUGUAUGUUACAUCUCUUUGAAUCAUUUAUGGAAGCUGCACCACAGCUCUUAUUACAACUUUAUAUCAUGGCUGUAUUACAAGACAUACCAUUUUGGACAAGUGUCUCAGCUACCACAUCACUCUGCUCUAUGGCGUGGGCUGUAGCUGCCUAUACAAGGGCUAUGCGCCGAAUGCCCACAGAUAAACACGAGUCAACAUGGCCAGGACUGACUCUUCAAGCUUUCUGGAGAGGUGGGAUGCUGGCCUCCAGAAUGGCAGCAUUGGUCCUGGCUGCAGUCUGUGUGAGAAAAUGGAUUUUUCUGCUUCUGGGAAUACAUUGGUCAUGCAUGACUAUCUGGGUGAUACUUCAAAAUACCAAUUUCUGCCCAACUGUCUGGGAGGAACGUGUCUACAAUUGCAUAAUUGGUGUGAUAUAUUGCUUCGACUUCUUCAAUUUACGUGAAGGUCGUUCUCGUUAUCGUGUACUUGCCUUUUACCUGAUAACUGUGGCACAAAAUACGAUCUUCCUUACGAUCUACGUUGUUUACUUUAAGGAUACCGUGAAAUCCGACGUAAUGACAACAUCGACCAUCACUAUAGCUGGUGGUACGUUAAUAGGUUUAGUCAGUCUUUUGCUGUACUAUAGUAAAUUUCAUUCUGUGGGUCAUGGGAGGGUUUGCAAGAACGUCAAGAUGGAUCCAGAAAUGGCGUCGAACAGUACCAUUGAGAGGACAGGAACAUUAAGAUCGUUGAAACAUCGCUGGCACGGUUCUGCAGUCUCCAUACCGCGCACGAUAGAUCUUUCGGAAGUAACGAUAAUGUCGGAUGAUAUAACGGCUGACAAGAAAUCUCUGCUGACGAAUAUCGUGCAGAGUUCAGAGUUCGUGGAAGAGGAAGGUAUAAUAAAUGGUACGUGCGAGGUAUCCGACGAAGGUGAAACGACGGUAUGCGCGUUGGUGGAGAGCAAUAAAUCCGUGGAUUAUCAAGUUGAAACUGUUCAAAAUUCAACAAACACGGUAACAGCGCAAAAUAUGGAAUACGACGUUCUGUGCGCUAAGAAAUCUUGCGAGGCAAAUGCUUGUCAGACAAAGUUCGAUUCGAGUGCUGCGGAAGUGAUCGUAGAGGAUGAAUACAUAGAGUGCGACAUAGUAGAGACCCUGAGACGUCAGAAGCGAAGAGGAAUUUGUUCACCAGUUGAACUGGGCUUGGAUACCGACGAAUCGAAAUCUGAGGAUCCGAAAUCCACUUUAAGAUCUCAGAAGCGCAGAGGCAUUUGCUCCUCGGCUCAGCUUGGAUUAGAACUAGUGACCAAUGAGGAUAAUUACGUCGAGAAGAACUUUACGUUUGAGCGACGUAGACCAAUCGUAGCGACCGGAUCCGAAGCUGAAUUGAAAUUAGAGGAUUUGGACUCUUAUAACAAUGCCUUGGAAGCAGCCAUUUCGGUAAUGAAUAUCGAUGAAAUACCUGAUAAUAUAAAGGACAGGGAACGUUUGAACACUCCAGUGAGCGAGACAAGUGAUAAGACUCUGGAGAAAGUUAAAAUUUUGGAGGAACCAGCUCAAAAGGAGGAAGAGACAAUGAGUCACGUGACGUCGGUUCAUGACUAUGAAAAUGUGUGUCCUCUGGGUAUAGCCAGACCUCCCUGGUGUAUACGUAGUUGGAAAGGAUAUACCGAUAUAGAGACCUACAUCCAUGACGAUAGCGUCGUCAGAGACAGACGUAGGGAUACUUUGACAAGCUCUGCGACUGGGACGACUUUUAGCUCUGAAUUUUCGGAUGCAACUUGUGCAAGUCCUCUAGCGCGCAGAGCUUCGAAACGCUCUCGACAGGACGAUUACAUGGACACUCUGGUGUACGACCUGGUCGAUUGGGAACCGAGCUUGAUGUCGAAUGAGGAAGCCUCGAUGCCAGCAUUGUCGGAUAUCGAUGAACAGGAAACCAGUCUCUUCAUGGCCAAACCUAUAGUCAUCGAUGAGAAGGGUGGGAUGUUUGCGUUGGAUACCAUAAUGGAGGAACGUGAAGAUUCCUCGACCAAUUUGGAUAUAGGUAUUAACUUGAAAAGAGCGACAAACUGUACGGCUAGUACUCUUGUGGCGACCAUAGAUGAAAUACGUAAAUGCACAGCAGAGAAUUCACCGAGACACGUUUACCAUAGGACUGAAUUGCAGUGGGAAGACCUUGAGCCUAAGAUAUUCUUGAGGAAAGCACAGCUUGCCAAGGCGCUGUCAUCCUCAGGUGACUUCCACGAGGUAGAAACACGCGACGGGAACAUCCUACGGUCAUUGGACGACUGCAUGUCGUUUUCUGCUGGCGGAAAUGACGAAAUUGAAAUCAUACGUGAAUUGGCCAAGCGCAAUUCGACUGGUUCCAGUGGCAAGACGCCUUUAAUCAAUGCUAUCCUUUCUGAUUCACCGAUUCUUGGACCCAAAGCAAAGAUGCAAAAAUACAGCAGCAUAGCAGACAGUUUGCAUCUGAGUAGCUUGGAGGAACAUAAUGUCUACGUUGAGAUGAAACCGCUGGUUCCUGAAAAGUCCGAAGAUACUCGAGAAUUUUCAUUGAGCACUUCACUGAUCUCGGCUCAGGACGCAACGGUCGUACAGAAGGACGAAUCCACAAUUUCGGAAAUGACGUGUCAAGGUACUGGGCGUCUAUCAAAAUUACCAAAAGCAUCUUCCGUAAAUGUGCAAAUGCCUUCUGAUCAUCAGGAAUCAAAUUUAUCAACGUCAACAGAAAAGUCAAGCACUGUACAAGACAAGGAGAAGAACGUUCUAUCGGCAAAUGUAUUGACCCUCUGUCCAAGUGAUUUAACGUCUUCCCUGAUGUUGUCAAAGAAAGGAUCGUCCCAGGUGGCGCUGAUAAACAGUCCCUACUCGAUAACUGGUCACGUACCCUGCGAAAAACGUAGAAGAACCGUUAAUCGUCCCAGAAGGAAGUUUUCCUUAUUAAGGGAGAGAUUCGAGCCGAAAUCGGAGCGGCUCGUUUAUACGGUGACACCGCGUAACGGCACCUCCUUUCAGGCGGAUCAAUCGAAAUCAAAUAAAUUGGAUGAUCAAGUGUCGAUUAUUUUCAAAAAAUCGCCGGUUGAUAGACUUGCCGUUUUUUAUGACAAGGAAAAUCUUACACCUGCUGUCACCAGUCGUAUCAGCCACUGGAACAGCUUCAUACAUGGACAAAAUUGUGCUGAACCUGAGAAGCACGACAUGAACGUAUCGCUCAGCAACGAAGAGUCCAGUCUGAAGGAAAGGAGAAGCAUCUUUCUGAAGCAGGUAUUGUCGCCGCCAAAGUUUCAAAGUUGGGGUAAGAAGAGGACGUUCAGUCCAAAUGCCAAAGUCGUUCCUAAGGCUCUCUGAAUGAUAUACGCAUAUCUAGAGACUUUGAUGUCUUCCAUUAACUUCUUUCCUAUAUCUUAUUAAUAUUAAUUAUAAUUAUAAUAAUCAUUACAAUUUUCGAUCUCACGGCCAGUAUAGUUAGAGCCUAGGUGCGCAGCCUUGCUCGUUAUCUAAAAGCUGGUAUUUCUUAUAACUCCCACAAGGUUCCAAUAACUAUUUUUUACCAAUUUAUAUUGAUCGUAUAAUAUACACAUGUAUGUCUUUGUCACUGCGUCAAGAAAUGCCCGGUUAAGAGAUUUUUGAUUUAUUAUUUUUUUUAUAUACUUUUAUGCUUGUCGAAGCUGCAUUUAUUAAGGUCUGAAAAACCCAUCCGUCCACCACACGGGGUGUGUAUAUAAAUAUAACUUUAUGAUAUAUAUAUAUAUAUAUACACACAUAUAUAUAUUAUAUAUUUUUAUUCUUCUAUUCGUUUAAUAUAAUUUUGAUACUAUGGAAUAUUUGUAUAUAAAUAUCUCUUGCAAGAGUCAAUUGCAGAGUAUAUCAUCGAUUUAUAGAUUGCGCAGAGGUAUAUUUUAACAGUUAUGACAUACUAAUGUACAAGCAAAGUAUUACAAAUAGUAAUGACGUAAUUUAAGUCUCACUAAUUUG